AUGCCUCAAGUGGCUUCGGCUACUGUUGACCUCUACGAGGUUCUGGAGAUUCACCAGAGCUCUACCAAAGAUGACAUCCGCAAGGCAUACCGCAAGGCAGCCUUAGCCAGCCACCCCGACAAAGUCCCCGAAGCCGAGCGCGAGGAAGCUUCGAUCCGAUUCAAGGCUGUGCAGGAGGCCUACGAUAUUCUCUACGACGAUGACAAGCGUCACCUCUACGACACACAUGGCAUGGGUGCAUUCAACGGCUCCGGUGAGCCGGGCAUGGGAGCAGCCCCCGACCUGGAUGACUUGCUGGCGCAGAUGUUCGGUGGUAUGGGUGGUAUGGGUGGCAUGGGCGGUAUGCCCGGCAUGGGUGGCAUGCCUGGAAUGGGUGGAAUGCCCGGUGGUCGCCCGAACAAGCCGCGCAAGAGCCCCAACGAAGAGCAAGACUACGAGAUCAGCCUAGAGGACCUGUACAAGGGCAAGACUGUCAAGUUCUCCAGCGUCAAGAACAUUAUCUGCGGACUCUGCAAGGGCCGGGGUGGUAAGGAAAAGGCCACCCCCAAGAAGUGCUCGACUUGCGAUGGCCAUGGCCAACGAGAGGUUUUGCAGCGCAUGGGCCAGUUUGUGACCCAGCAGGUGGUCGCCUGUACUACAUGUAACGGACAGGGCUCAUACUUCUCUCCCAAGGAGAAGUGCAAGAAGUGCAAGGGUACACGAACCACCGAGGCGAAGAAGAUGCUGGAGAUCUACAUCCCUCGAGGUGCCGGGGAUGGAGACAAGAUUAUAUUGGAAGGCGAGGCCGACCAGGUUCCCGAUCAAGAGCCCGGCGACAUUGUUUUCAAACUCAUUGAGGAAGAGCACCCCGUCUUUGCCCGCGCCGGUUCUGAUCUUCAAGCAACCAUCGAGAUCACUCUGGCUGAAUCUUUGACCGGAUUCUCACGCGUCGUGAUCAAGCAUCUCGAUGGCCGCGGUAUUGAGCUCAAGCACCCCCUUACCCCUGGUGCUAUCCUCUCGCCAGGACAAGUCCUCAAGGUUCCUGGAGAGGGAAUGCCCAUGAAGCGCACCGAUGCCCGUGGUGACCUUUACCUUGUCGUUGACGUCAAGUUCCCCGAUAGCAACUGGAACCCUACUCCCGAAAUGAUGCAGCAGCUCAAGGAAAUCCUUCCUAAGCCCGCAGCUCUCAUCACAGCCGAGACUGUGGACGAGGUUGAAUACGAUCCUAAGGGUGAGAUCGAAGAGUUCGGUGCACAGGAUGGCCAGGGCGCCUCAGGAUGGGAAGACGAAGAGGAGGAGGACGAACCGGCGCAGUGCGCUGCUCAGUAG